AUGAAGGGUCACCGCCGUGCAUUGUUGGACAGGAUGCUCUUCCUGUUGAUGAUCAUGUUUUUUGUGCCGGCGGUGCAUGCAGCUGGUUCCCCGCCACUCGGGUUUGGCUUCUACACGCGUUCUUGCCCAGCCGCCGAAUCCAUUGUGAGAAGAACCGUGAGAAGGGCGGUGUCUCACAAUCCCUGCAUCGGGGCUGGGUUCAUUAGGUUGCACUUUCAUGACUGCUUCGUCCGGGGUUGUGAUGGUUCUGUGUUGCUAAAAUCCCUCCCCGGUGGCCCAAAAGCAGAGAGAGAUCACCCGGCCAACAAAUCCCGGGUUGAGAGGAUUCAACGUCAUCUCCAAAGCCAAAAGAAGAAUCGAGCGCAUCUGCCCCAACACAGUCUCCUGUGCCGACAUCCUCGCUUUCGCCGCCAGGGACAGCUCCCAGAUACUCGGGCGCAUCAAAUACCCUAUCCCCGCCGGCCGCGCGACGGCAACGUCUCCAGCUUCAACGAGGUCACGCAAAACCUCCCUUCCCCGAGACUCUCGGCCAUUAAUAUAUACUUACGGAGCUUAAUUAGAAGCUAG